CCACUGUUCUCAGCUAUAGAUCUAUUCUGCGGUUAAAGAUCGUCGCGGAUUCUACCACUGCCUCGAAGGUCGUCUUCAUCACCGCUCACGGGCUGGACCCCGGGACUAUCGACGGCGGUUCGCAGACCGACCAGCCCAGGACGGCGGCGGCGGCGGCGUUCCGUUCGUUUAUUUAAAGAUACACGCGACCAACAGGUGUUAGCACCUGAUCGCUAAGAUCGCGGCGCACGUUGCAUUUCGACUCGUGGUUACGGCCUAGACGGCAGCGGCGGCGGCGACCAAUCGUGUACCGCGGAGCAACCGAACGGUCGCCAUGGUUUCCAUUGUCGGUCUUCGUCGCGCGUCCGCCGGUGUCCGCUCGCCGCCCGUGCCCAUACAAUACACGUUUCGUCGUGUCGCCGUGAGCCCGAGCUCUAACGAUCUGCGUUAGCGCCCACGCACCACCGGACGACGGACGUCAGUGUCUGCGAUGUCUUCAGGCGGAUCGGCCGUCAUUACGAUUUCGCCUCCGGCGAAUCCUAAGGACAAAAAGAUUUAUGUAUGGAAAGCAUGAAGUUGUUGCACAUGGUUUAAUUAUUCAAAUAAAAUAAUUUGCUAGACUUUGUUAUAAUGAUUGACUGGUAUGUGAAACUAUUAGUAAACCAUCCACGUAAAGUAAUAGCAACUGUAGUGUUGUUAUGUAGCAGUACUAUUCUUAUACCGUAUUUUAUUGGGCGCUUACCUCAGUUUUCACAUCCAGAACUUGGUUUUGAAACUCGUGGAACUGAAAUUGGUAACCGCCAAGUAACUUGGGACAACUUAAUAAAAGCAUUGGAAAAAGGCACUGAGUUAAUUGAUGAUGUUACACGAAUACCAAUUAAUAUUUUACCACAACAAUAUGCUGAUAUGAAUUUAAGGAAAAAUGAUAUUUCAGUACAAUAUAAAAAUUUAAAUCAUAACUUGAAAACAUCAAAUGAAGAUAUAAAGAAAUUACAACAUAGUUCAGUAAUAGAUGAUGAAAUAUUUGAAGAAACUGAAAUGAUGACAUUGAGGAAUGAUAAUAAAAGAAGGAAGAGUAGAUUAGAUUUUUUUUGUUCCAAACCAACAUAUGAUCAUGCAAGAGUUGUGUUUACUCUCAAUGAAGGCGAAAAUCUUCUUACAUACCAAGCGGUCAAGGAUAUGUGUCUUAUACAAGAACGCUUAGAAAACUUGGUGGCAUAUAAAGAUGUUUGUGAUGUACAAGAUCAUGCAUGUUGUCCACCAUGGUCUUUAGUCAAUUACAUCACAUUGUUAAGAAAACAUAAAUCAUGUUCAGAAAUUACACCUAGGGAUAUUAAUGCUACUAUGGUGAUACUUGAAGGGUGUGCUCAUUAUUAUCACGAUAAUGAGUUGUUAGAAUGGAAAACUGGUAUUCGAACCAUACCACGUCAAUGUAAUCAAUUUAAUGCAGUUUAUAAUUUGAUGCACUAUCAUUUAGAUGUGAACUUCAUGCCACCACAUGCUUCUACUAAUGUUUUAACAAGUUCAAUGAUGUUUUUACCAUUUGGAAAAGGAUCUAUUGUUCAUGUUUACAAAGCCAUGAAAGAUGCUAAUUUAUCAACACCAUUAAUAAGUAUUUCAGCAAUUGAUUUUGGUAUUAAAGAAAAAUUAUUCGAUAUUGAGCUUGUGAGAGACAUAUAUUUAAUUUUUUUGAGUACCUUUUUCAUUAUGUUGUGUGUAUUAUUCUACACAUGGUCACUUAUAAUUACCAUUGUUACUUUUUUAAAUAUUUUAUUUUCUUUAUCAGUUUCCUACUUUAUUUAUACUUUUGUUUUCCGUAUACAUUUUUUCCCAUUUAUGAAUGUCCUUGCUAUCAUUGUGCUCAUUGGAGUUAGUGCAGAUUCUUCAUUCAUCAUGUGUGAUGUAUGGAAAGUUAUCAAGAUCAAUGAUCAGGCUGAUUCAUUAGUUAAUGUGAUUUCUAAGACGUUAAGACAUUCGCUGCUUUCCAUAUCAUUGUCCACAACAACAACAUUUUGUGCUUUUGCAUCAUCAUUUCUCAGUGCUAUUAAUGGAAUAAGUUGUUUUAGUAUAUUUUCAGCCAUGGCUGUUUUUGUAAAUUUAUUAAUAACCGUAAGUCUUUUACCAUCAUGUAUUGUGCUUUUAAGUGCAAAGCAUAGGCCCAAUACUGUAUUAUUUGAUAUCGGGUCAGUUAAUAAAAUACGUUCAAUAGAACAAGUGCUACGUGGAAUUCAGACUUCAUUUAAUGCAUGGUUAUUGAAAAUUGUUUUUCGCUUUCGUUGGGUGUGGAUAGUAUUUUUUUUCAUCUUGGGUAUUUUAAGUGCUUCUAUAAUAUGGAUAUGGCCAGGUAUGAAGUUACCAGAAUCUGUGGAAUUUCAGUUGUUUCGAGAGUCCCAUCCUUUUGAACAAUAUGAUCUAGUGUAUAAAAAUCAAUUUUGGUUUGAAAGAAUUUUAAGAAUUGACAACAAUCCAGAAAACCGUGUUCCAUUACGAUUUGUUUGGGGCUUAUAUCCCAAUGAUACUGGUAAUUAUUUGGAUCCAGAAGAUCACGGAAGUCUUGUAUAUGAUCCAAAUUUUGAUAUGGCACAUCCCAAGUCUCAAAGUUGGUUAUUGCAAUUUUGUGUGCAUUUACGUAUGCAACCCUUUUAUCGAGCUGUUGGAGGAUUACACUUGACAAAUUGUUUUAUGGAAACUUUUGUUGAAUGGAUGAGUCAGACAUGUGUAAAUAGUGUUGAUCAAAAUCGCUGGCCAUGUUGUAACACCAUUGAGUUUCCAUAUCCAAGAAAUGUAUUUCACUUCUGUAUUGUAAAAGCUAUGUAUAUUGUUUACAAUACUCCAAGCUCCAUAUUUGUUCCUUCUGCAGCUGGACCUAAAUUUUCAAAUCCAUUAUUUCAUUCAGAAAAUGAAACACUUAUACCAAUAAUAAAAGCUGUUGUUGUGGAGUUUGAAAGUAAUUUUGCUUUUACUACAUCUUAUGUCGAAAUGGAGAACUUUUACAAACAAGUUGAGUCUUGGUCAUCUAAAAUGAUGGAAACUGCUCCACCUGGUCUUAGAAAUGGCUGGUUUUAUAGUCAUCUUGGAUUUUAUGACCUACAAAAAACAUUAAUUGAGGACACUGUUAUGUCUGCAUUUAUUGCACUUUUUCUUGCUUUUGUUAUCAUGUUCUUUGUUACAACAAGUAUUUCAUUAACUGUUAUCACUGUGAUGUCUAUAUUUUUUAUAAUUUGUACUACUAUUGCCGUGUUAGUUCUGAUGGGUUGGCAUCUUAAUGUCUUAGAAUCCAUUGCUACUUCUGUAGCUAUUGGUUUAUCCGUUGAUUUCAGUCUACAUUAUACAAUUGAAUAUCAGCUAGCUUGUGAAGAUUCACCAAGAGCCACAGCUAUAUCUAAGGCGUUGUCCUUAAUGGCUUGUCCAUCAUUGAUGGGUGCUAUAACAACAGGCGCUAGUGGAGCUUUCAUGUUGCCUUCAGAUGUUUUACCAUAUGCUCAACUUGGCAUAUUUCUGAUAAUCAUAAUGUUUAUAAGUUGGUUCUAUUCAACAUUUUUCCUAGUAUCAUUAUUGUCAGUAUUUGGUUCAGAUUAUGAUCAUGGUCCGUAUCCCUAUCGGUGUUGUAGAAAAUUAAAAAACAUUAAUGUGAAUGAACGACACAAACACCGUGCAAGACAUGCUUCUCCAUUUUCUAACGUUGCAUCAGAAUCAACUGUAUCAUGUAUAAGCACUGCUGUUGUAAAUCAAUCAAUUGCGCAUGAAUUGGAUACUUUGACUGUUCCAGGGAAAUGUCAACCAUCACACUCCAAAGCUGCUGCUUCAUGUUUAUACAUGAAUAUUGAUGAUGAUAAUAUGUUAAAAAAACCUGAAAUUAAUGUUGUACACAUUUAAUGUUCACCCUUUCUUAUAUAUUUUAUUUUUUACUGAAUAUUAUAAUAAUUAAUAAUUAUAGUAAUUAUAAUUAUUAGAAUUGCUUGUGCUCAAUUAAUUGAUUAUUAGUUCAUAUUAAAUAAAUGUUUAUUUACGUAUGUAAUCAAAAUUUUCUAAGUAUGGAAACAAUUAGUUUGGCAAGAGUGUAUACUGAUACUUUUUCAGAGAGAGAUGGGAGGGGUUAAGAUUCAAAUUUAUAUUAAAGAAACGUUAUUUGUUUUUUAUAAAAUUGAUAAUUAAUUAUAUAACUGAAAUUUCAGAAGAAACCUUCAGAAAUGUUUGUCUGUAAU